GCUAACUUGCCCCAUGCGUUCGUCCGGCUAUGGACGAAGGUAGAUGCACACUGAGUACGGGAAAACUUGUCUUCGGCUUUACCUCUGCCUAUGCCUAGAAUUUGCCCUACCGCGAUCAGUCUUGAGUCGAGCUCAGCGUUCGGACGCCAAGCAAGCAGGUUCUUGCAGUCGUCCGGCGAACGCAAAACUCACAACGACGCGCUAUCUCGACUUUGCGAACGAAAUAACGGUACUGAUCCACACCAUCGGUCAGGGCUAAUCAUCUCGCUAUUUUUGUCUUGAAGUAAUAUUAUACCGAGAUCCAUCGCAAUGAUAAAGAUAAUCAUGCACGGAAUACUAGAGCACGUAGUGUACGCGAUGUAAAUUUCUCACACAACGGUGAAUGCGUCGGAAAACGUUAAAAACAUACAUAUAUAUGUAUAUAUGUAUAUAACCAAGUAAAUAAAAGAAAGAACAGUCAACAUUAAUUAAUUAACAGAAAAUCACCGGUUCGAUAAUAUUGUUACAAUUUUACAAUCAAGGAUAUAUAUAUAUAAAUAUAUAUAUUCUUGUAGUGAUAAUUAUCCACAUGAUACAGUGCAGCGGGAAGAAAUUUUAGUCUGCGGAUACGAUAAGAAAGAAGUAUAAAAAUUUUGUGAAACAAUUAAAUCGGAAAAUUGCUGCAGGUGGCACCCAUCAAAUUUACAUGUGAUUAAACUGAACUACGAUAUAACAAUGAAGCAACGGGGUUCUUGAAAAUUUUGAUACCUUCUACUCCUGUGAAUAAUGAAUUAUCCGGUGGUUGAGCUGCUGCUGUUUCUAGCAGGGACGUUCUGCGCAGUAGCAGCAACUUCUCCAUGUCCAUGGGGUGACAAUGUUGCAGAACUACAGGGUUCAUGUAUCUGUGACUAUAAUCUAGCAAAAGAGCUUUCCGUACAGUGCGACGUCGUGGAUUACGAAACGCUGGUCGGAGCUCUGCACGAUUACGCCUCGAACAUCGCUAUAGAGCUGCUCUACGUCAACGACAGUUCGAUCGGCGUACUUAAGAACGGUUCUCUAUCGACGUUGAACAUUAACAACAUCCAACUUUCGAGUUGUCGCAUCAAGACGAUUGAGAGCGACGCAUUCAAGGGCCAGCAAAAGUCUCUGAAGAACUUGAACCUGAGAAAUAAUGAGUUAACGGAAGUUCCAUCGCGUUCCAUAGAAGCUCUGAAAAAUCUAACGGUCCUCGAUUUGUCGAUGAACAAACUGACCAAAGUGCUCGACGAUGCUUUUGCCAAACUGAAUCUAAUUACGCUGAAGUUAUCCGACAAUGAGGUGACCAUUUAUCCGGGUGCGUUUCGUGGCUUGGACAAAACGCUGAAAAACUUGAAUCUGAAGGGCACGAGGCAAAAGAAAAUACCGGAAGCACUCAGGGGUCUGAAAACCCUAGCAUUCCUCGAUUUGUCUUACAAUAGUGUACGGGAACUUCCGGGAUCAGCUGGACGACUGGCAUUUGACGGACUCGACGCGCUGACUGGAUUAAAUUUGGAAAGAAAUUUCAUCCAAAACAUCGAACCUGAUGCUUUUUAUGGGAUUAAAAAUACUUUGAGCUCACUCAGUCUGCUGAGCAAUCUUAUCCCCGACUUUCCUACCGCGGCUAUCAACAGUGUUCAUGAUUUAAGAGUUCUGGACAUCGGGUUCAAUCUGAUCACCGUACUACCGGCAAACGCCUUCCAAGGUAAUCCGUCCUUGACGCUACUUGCAAUUGAUGGCAAUCCACUACCGACUGUGCCUGAAGCAGCGUUAAUGCACCUUAACGGAACCUUGCGUGGUUUGAGUUUUGGCGGACCAUUUUUAAACUGUGACUGCAAGCUCCGUUGGAUUAUCGAAUGGAUACGCAAACAGGACCUGCAAGUCACCAGUCGAGAGAAACCCCAGUUUUGCGGUGGUCCAGGAAAUCUGCAGAAUAGAACGUUUUACAGCAUCAAAUCCGAAGAUCUGGUCUGCCCAACUGGAGUGAUUGCUGUUGGUACGGUAGAAAGUGUGGAUGCAAAAGAUAUCGUAGGUGCUAUGGAAGGAGAUACAGUAGAAGCAGUGUUGCCGCCAACUCGUACAUCGACAACUAGCACGCAACGACCAUCAACUGCACCUCCAUUACCAUCAUCAUCCAGUACAAAUCGUCCAGUCGUUAGUUUGGAAAAGAUCACAGAAGCGCCGGUUGUUUCUACUACAACAUUGCGAACAACCAGCAGACCCUCCAUGAGCAGAACCGGUAACGUUGUCAUAACCAGAACGACAAUAUCACCUCUGAAGCAUCAGCAAGAUCACAGUAUCUCACAGCUACACCAGCCCAAACCGCCACUCGUCCUUGGAUCCCCGUUGUUCAAAACAAAAUCCAACAAGGGGAUCAUCGUCAAAGAUGCUUUGAGGCAGGAUAACACAGUCAUCAUCUACUGGGAUACUGAAGGCCCAAACAGUAUUGAAUUUAAAGUAAUUUACCGUCUCUUCGGUGAGACUAGUUUCAAGUCAGGUCCACUGCUUGGCAACAAUGAGCGUGAAUUUAAGAUCAAGAACGUUCCCGCUCAGGAGUGCAUGAUAGUCUGCGUUGUUUCGUCGGAUGAAAUAGACAUGAGCCCUGCGAGCGUUCCAUAUAACCAAUGCAAGGAAGUGAGGACAGAGAAUUCACCGACCUCAAACAUGGACAAAAUCACGAUUGCAGCCAGCGCUGCAAUCUGUGCAACAAUCGUCGUUGCCGUCGUAAUCUUCGUCGUUGCAAAUCGACGAAGGGCCAGGAAAUUGCACACCCUCCAUAAUCUGGAUCAGAGUAAAAUGGGCGGCCCUAUCGCAGGCUUGCCGGUCAAUUGCUGUUCGGGUAUUGGGCCAACUCCAAGCCCGGGUGGACCGUUGUCUUCAUUGGCGACUUUGAGCGCAUUCAACAAUCAAAAGGAUUGGGACCAAGUAUCAGCUUACAGCACUAGGAGCAUCCCUAGGCCAAGAGUUUUUCCAAUGGAACGCCAAGGUUCCAUAAACAGAGCUGCAUGUAUCGAUGAAAUGAGGCCCCAAAAUCAACAUUUUGGUGUCGGAAAAGUCUCAACUCGGUCAAUUGCUGACGGACAGUCACAGCAUAGUUUUUCGAACAAUUCGACACGAUACUUUGGGUCAAAUCCCGUACCAACGAACCUCAUCAGUUCACGACCAGAAUUGCGGCAGUCACGCCAGUCUCUCGCAGCGGCGUCGGACAGGCUUUCGCGUGCCAGUUUUCCGACCAACCAGGCUCAUCAGCCACACACAUCAGCUAGGCGACAGCGUCCGAGAUCGCGUAAUCGUACAUUAGAACAAGACCCUCCUCGCCCAGGGAGUAGGUACAGUUUAGCAGACUCAACCCACACUCUGAACAACUACGAGGAAAACAACUGGACUGACCAUGACAUGGAUAUUUACAUGGCCCGAAAUCCAACAACGAGGGGCGGUCUUGUACCAUUAUGAUCUUAAUAUGUAUUCUUCAUCAUUCUGCUCAACCAUAUAAGAGAAUCAAUGGGCCCCAUUGUCUGAAUCAAAAGUAUGGAAAAGAAUAAAAAUCGUUUAACAAAUCUUUAGCAAUGUCAUUUGUGCUGUUGACAGUGAACAUGAAUUAAAAAAUGAUCCCUAGUAUGUAAAAGCAAUGAACCUGAAUAAAUUCCAGUAUCACAAGCUGCCAUGUCAUCAACAAUUCGAAAAAAAAAGUUUCAAUUGUAUAGAUCAAAACGAUUAUAUUCUCGUGUUUUAGAUCCAAUUAUAAUGUUUUUGGGCUCAUUGUGUUCACUGUAGAGGUUUCCAAAGAUAUCUCCAAGAAAGUUUUAUGGACAGUUAUCUAUAGAGUGGAUAAAAAAUACAUUUCUGUACGGUGCAAAGGAUGUUUGUGAGCAAUUAGAUGUGCACGUUAUAACUAUACUACGAUAUAAAAUUGCGGGAGAGUUUUCCAGGGAGUUUUCGGGUGUCUGGUCAGCGUGUAAAAUAGGACCAUAAAUAUUAGAACCGAAUCAAAAACACUAGAGUUUAAGCAUUUCAAACGAUCUAAUUAUAAUAUUUGUUCUCAAAUUCUUGAGAUCUCAGCUUGUCUAGUUCAAAUUCGAUCAGAUUUAUUUCGAUUACAUAAUGGGAGUGCUGUUUUAAUCGUGUUUACUAUCAUUAUCACAACUAACAUUGCCGAAAUUUUUUUUAAACAGUUUCUUCCCUUUUCCCCACUUUCGAUUCAGGGUUCAUAAGUCCUUAAAAUCGUUUAGCGUAAGUCAACUAAAAGUAGCUAGAUGUUAAUGUAUCAUACUCUACCGGUUAAGUUCGAU